GUGGUACUGUGCUUUAUUCUCCUUGGACCAUUUCAGUGUGUCUAAGUGUAUUAUUUACUGCUUUGUCUCAAUCCCGCCAUUUCCAUUGAAAACUCCCUAUAUCGAUUCACCUCGACAUAUUGCGUCAUGGGACUCAAAGAAGAUCUGAACUACGAUCCUCCAUGCCAUCCUCGAGCAUGCGCCAUCCAAGCCUGCCUGACCAAGAACUCGUACCGCGAAGACAAGUGCCAAACGCAAAUCGACGCCUUAUACGAAUGCUGUAACGCCUUCUAUCAGAAGGAAGGCGACGAGGGCAAGACCGUGAGCUGUCCGAAAGCCAACCUGCUGCGAUUGAAGAUGAAGCAACGGGCAGAGGCACGAGGUUGACCUCUCGCCUAUGCGAGACGACACCGUAACAAUACUGUACAUACUACGAAAGAUCCUGUGGAUAAAUAGAUGUAACAAUUCCCUUGCAGUCCAACCCCCGUGUUGAAAGUAAAGGGUUAGGCUAGUUGUGAGAACUGCUAGAUUGCUAUAAGACAAUCGGAGCACGCAAAGAGGCCUUAUAGACCUGAAAGAAGAUUGAACUCUUCGUCCCGAGACUCUAUUGAUUGCCUAUGGUUAUA